AUGAUCGCCGCGGCGCUGUUUGCCAAACAUGUACUGCCGCGGACGCCGUUCUUGAAUCAAACGAUGCUCGACGCUCCUGACGACGAGGCGAUGGAAGAGAUUCGCCGCCGCGAAACAAUCGUCGAUCUUUCGCACCUGGUCGGCAACACAGGGCAUGCCCUGACGGCGCUGCGGCCCAGUGGCAAAGCCAAAAUCGGGCACGAGAUCGUGAGCGUCACCUCCGACGGUGAUAUGAUUGAGUCAGGCGACAAGAUUGUCGUCGUGGAAGUCCGCGGCCUCGCGCUGAUUGUGCUCGAGAUGUUCAUCCCGUCCGGGGGUGUGCUGGGCUUUCUCGCGGCGGUCGCGCUCGUGGGGGCAGUUAUUUACGCCUAUUUGAAGUGCGACAUCGCCGUGGGGACUGCGUUCCUCGCUGCAACAGUCAUUACCGUUCCAAUUUUGAUCGGCAUGGCCAUUCGCGUUUGGCCCUACACGCCGCUGGGACGCAUGAUCCUGCUUGAUUCGGCCACCGAACAGUCGCAGGACGAUUUAAACAGUAACGUGCAUACAGAACUCGUCGGCCGCCGUGGGAUCGCGAAAAGCAACCUUUUGCCCAGCGGUGUGGCCGAGAUCGACGGCGAGCACUGGGAUGUCAUCAUCAUUGGCCCCGCGGCCGAUCGAGGCGAUUUAAUUGAAGUCAUCGAAGUGGAAGGCAAUCGAAUCCUUGUCGCCAAAGUCGACGAAAUGGAAGACGCCCCCGUUGCCGCCGACGCGGAAGAAGGAGCCGAGUCCCUUACGACCCGAAACGACGAGAUCUUCGAAGACGACCCCUUUGCUUGA